CUGCCCACGCUCUCGCUGGGUUGAACACUUGAGCGGUUUCAUGGAACCUAUAAAGUCGGGAGCACCUUGCUCUGCUCCCAACUCAUCUCACUCACACACUCUCUUAGCGACUUAGCCAGCUUUGUACUCUUCAGCGACUUCACUGCAGCUACCUCGCGGCCAUGUCUACGGUGACCCGCGCCUACCUCGACCAGAGGCUCGCCGUCGCAAAGCGCUGCUCCAGAGAGGCCGCCAUGGCAGGAGCCAAGGCUGCGGCCGUCGCCACCGUCGCAGCCGCAGUGCCCACCCUGGCGAGCGUGAGGAUGCUGCCGUGGGCGAAGGCGCACCUGAACCCCGCCGGCCAGGCCCUCAUCAUCUCUACCGUCGCCGGGAUGGCAUACUUCAUCGUCGCCGACAAGACCAUCCUGUCCAUGGCCAGGAAGCACUCGUUUGAGGACGCGCCGGACCAUCUCAAGAACACCUCCUUCCAGUAGUUAGGCUCUAGAUCAAUAAGUGUGCAAUAAACUGUGUGUAGUGUACGCACGUGUCUGCUGAAAGCUACUAUAAUCUUCAGCAACAGAGGUGAGGUGAUGCAGUGCAGAUAGUAGUGUACUGUGCCUCUCUUCGCGAGGAAAACAGUUAUCUGAUGAUAUAAUCAUGUACCUUCUGAGCCAGGAAUCUUUUUUUUUUCGGAAUAGAUCCGCAACUAAAUUACUCCUA